AUGGAAGUUGGGAUCGGAUGGUCAAAUCUUGCUGGCACCAUUGCCGUGGCGGUUGUGCUGCAGGCCGGCUUCCGCUUCAAGUGGAAAGUGGAAUCCAUCUCCGAGCAUAUAGAUGUCUUGUGCCUCGUGCUGAUUGCAAGCCUGGCCGCAUUCCUGACAGAGGUGCUCGAGUACGAUACGCCGUACCUCCUCCUCGAGCACACGAUCUUUACCGCUUCGAGCUACAUCGAAGUUGUUGGCUUCGUUCCUGCAGUGUGGCUGGUGCACCAGUCGACAAAGAAGCAUGACGAUGUGACUCGGACAGGUGGUGUUGACCUGCAGCGACAAGCAACGUUCUUCUUCGCGUCCUGCCUGCAAGCAUGA